UCCAAGUCCUCCAGCAUGCUCCGACUCCACAUAGAGCAGGUAAUAUGAGAACAAUGGCUGGAAACCUAUGCACUCGACUGCGAAAUACAUACAUCCACCAUGGGCGCAUUCGUGCCUCGCCGAAUGUACCCUCACCUCGGGUCGAUACCUAGAUCCUAUUACCUUGGCCACCAUGCGGCUGGUUUGUCGAAGAUGAAAUCCAUGAUCUCGCAGAUCGAUCUUGUCAUCGAGUGCCGGGACUAUCGGACGCCUCUUGUAUCUCGUAACCCGUUGUUCGAAGCCAACCUCGGCGAACGACCACGACUGAUAGUGUACACGAAGCAAGAUCUGGGGAGUAAUUUCACAAGUGAGGACAAGCAGAGGGAAAAGAUCAUCAAGAAAUGGGAUGCUCCAUCCACCUCGUUCUUCGCAGAUGUGAAAUCCCGGGUUGCCAUCAACCGAGUCCUCGACUUUGCCCGUGCGCACGCGAAUGCGUCGACCUCCCUCUUCGGCACCCGUCUCAUGGUUGUGGGCAUGCCCAAUGUUGGCAAGUCGUCUCUUCUCAACGCUUUGCGAAACGUCAGUUUGGGCAAGAGGAAGGCUGCAAGGACCGGAGACCAGCCCGGAGUAACCAGGAAGAUUGGCAGUGAUGUCAAAAUAAUCGAGGCAGAAGAUGGUAGAGAAGCUGUAUAUGUUCUGGACACUCCAGGUGUCUUCGUUCCCUACGUCCCCGACGCCGAGAGUAUGCUGAAGCUCGCCCUUUGUGGAAAUGUCAAAGACACGAUUAUCCCACCAACAACCAUCGCUGAUUAUCUUUUGUACCACCUCAACCUUCGAGACCCAGCCCUGUACGAGAUGUUUUCCGAGCCAACGAACGACAUUUUUGUUGUGCUGGAGGGACUUGCAAGGAAACAGGGCCGUCUGAAGAAGGGUGGGGUGCCGGACUUUGAAUCUUCGGCUUUGCAGUUUGUGCAGAAAUGGAGAAGCGGGCAAAUGGGCAAAUUUGUGCUGGACGAUGUGACCGAAGAUGCAUUGGCUGAGCGGACACGCCAGCUGGAGUUCCUGGGUGGGAGUAUGAACCAAGCUCGCAAAGCCGCGAAACAGCAGAAGAAGGAAGCCUACCUGGAAGCAGACUGAACUACGAUUGAAUUCAUCCCACCGCCAAGGAAACAACUUCACACGUUGGAUACCUCUUCUUCACCUGCUGCCUUGGCGACGGCCAUGUCAAUAUCACACCUCCGCCAGGCGUGUACGCCCACAACCACAAAGCUCUAUGAGGUCACGGGUAUCGCAAAGAAAUAUGUGCGGACGUCAAAAAGUGCAAAAACUUAAGCACAAGGCAGCUCAACUCUGAGUUGAGAUGCAGCGUGAUAAGCGAAACUCGCCCUUUCGGGUUGGUUUUCCCGGAGCAGGUGAAGGGGGAAGGGGAGAGGGGGCAGAAGGGGCAGGAAAGGGCAGAAGGGAGGUCUGCUGCUGCUAACCCGGUGUUAGUUUGACCUGACAGGACCUAGAUUAAGUGUUCGAAGUGUGGUUCGAAUCGAGGUCCUGCUGGCUACUGGUACGGGUGCCAGUUCCACCGAGCAGGACCUGGAUUGUGUGGUAGGUCAAGUCGUCAGAUCGGCUUCGCCCUAGUCGUGGUAGGGGGUCUUGGUGUGGGAGAAAAAUGCGGGUUUCAAUAUGAUAUGUCUGAUUUGUUUGGACCAGACCUGGGCGAGUGGGUUGGCCCAGCCUUGCGAUGUGAAGAGCCUGGAGGAAGUCUUCACAUGACAAGGCUGAACUGAGAGGGAUUCACGCACCUCAGUCGAUCACGGGCUUGGGCCAGAGAAGGAAGGUCUUCUCGGGGAGCAAUUCGUCUCAAUUCCUGGUACAUGCGCGACUCUCUCUUUCUCUGGCUGGAGCUAUCUCAGGUCUCCUUGCGUAUAUGCGGACGAGGCAAGCUUUCAAAAUCUCUGCUCCGAUACAUCUGUACUGUACAUGAUCUGCCUCCUGUAGUAUAUACCCUGUCCUGUACGUGUACUACCGUCCACCUCCAGUCUCUGAUCAAUGAAGAGAUUGAUGUUGAUGUCAUGAGACUGAGCUAUAUCUGUCUGACGGAGAAAACCACGAGCGGUGGGAACAGACAAGAGAUUGGGAGAAAGACGAUCUCGUCCAUAUCGACACUAUGUUCUCACUGGUUCUGGGCACAGCAGAACCUGGGAAACGGCCGG